UCCAGCCGUGACUCAACCGCAAUUGGUUUCGGUUAGAUGAAUUUGUGUUUUUUUUACGUUCCUUAGUAUGUUCAAAGUUGCCUGCAGGAAUAAUAAGCUUUAGGUUACUGUUACUCAGUGCAAAUAUUGACCGAUUGAUAUAAUUGCAUCGUACGUUCAGAAUUAGUUGCGCGAUGCUAAGCAAAUUGCCACCAAUUAGCAUCGAUGCGAGCUAGGCAUGCAGUGUUAUGGUUGAUUAAUUGACGAAUCUGGCAGCCUCAUAAUACACGCAAACUGCUCACAUGCACAUGCAGUUGGUGUUGCACGGUUUGUGCUAAUAGAACGAUGGGGAAUAUUAUGAGCAGCAGCGACUCGACGCUACCGAGACAGCAGACAAGAAAUGGUAGUGGACGCUACCGAACGACACCUCGCGAGCAUAUGGACUACACUAGCACCAAGCGAUGCUACUUUGAGGAUGAUGUGAACAGUCAGCCAAAUAGUCAUGAAACUUGCCACAAUCGGCAACAGUCACCGAAUGCGGAAAGUUCCCGCAUGCUGUUUUUGCUGUACCUGAUCCAUCGGACGUGGAACGUAGUGGUUGAUAGCGUGGACCAGAAGGGAAAAAAAACACGCUUGGGACUUCCAGAGUCAGAAAAUUCAAGACCUCCAAAAUGUCUGUACGAUGAAAACUUUGAUAGCGACCUCAAUCUGACGGAUCUGGACGAUCAGUCGAGCAUGUACGGUUCGCAAUACACAUUCUGCACCUGCAGCUACUGCGAAGAAGAAUCGGAACGCGAUCACUUCAACAACGUUGCCGGAAAUCGAUUUUCCUUUUGUGAAAGUGACCUAUCCUACUGCUUGUACCAGAUGGCGCCAAGCGCUGGGAAAAGUCCACCGGGCGGGACGCAGAUCGGACCACCGGAUACGAACGACGCAUCGCUGGGAUGGAAUGCAAAUGUCAAGCAGGAAAACCAGCGACCGCCAGUGUUCAACCCAGAGGACUAUGUAAUUUCGCUCAAGAAGUACGGUCGCCGGGGUUCGAAUGGGAACUUCAAGUCCAUCUACGACACCACCGUCAAUGAGGAUGCGGCGAAACAGGACAAAUCGAACGAUAAUGUACGGUCGCAAACCUUACCACACAAAAACUCGGACUACCGUUCCCCAAUACCGGCACCGCCAGAAAUGGAUGCAGAAAUGUCUCUGCGUCAGUUUGGUUCCGUGACGGAUCUGCUCACCAAACUGCGCGCAGAUCUACGGGCAUCGUUUCCAAGCUUUGUGCAGGAGUUUGUAUCGAGCCCGCUGGAUGGUGUCAGCCUGCUGUUGGAAGUUUUACGAGCGGUUCAGCUCAGCCAAAGUGCACCGAUGAGCGGCACCACCACGAUGCCACCCGGCGGCAUGGCACGAAAUAAUCAAUCGUAUCAGCGGCGUGCUCUGCUGGAUGAGUUGGCGUGCUUACAAUGUUUAAGCAUCUGCUGCACGAGAAGUCCCGAGGCUGGUACGCGGCUCGGCACAACGCCGAUCGGAUUGCUUCCGCUGGCCGCCGCAGCAACCGGUACGGGGAUACGCUCCCGCAUCGUCGCCCUGCAGCUGCUCACCAUUGCCUGCGACAAGUCAGCGCUGGGCGACGGAACGCAGCGCUUGCAGCUGCACGGACAUACGGCCGUGUCGGAGGCACUGUCGACGCUUCGCCUGCGCUGUGCCGAACCGGUACGAUUUCGGCUGCUGGUCGGGAUGCUGAACAGUGGCGGUGGUUCCGGUGAGCUGCAAGCGAUCGGGAUGCGCUUCAUCAACACGUUUCUCGAGAGUUCGGAAAACGUGCAGACACGGUUGUACCUGCAGGCGGAACUGUACCAGGCCGGGCUGGAUCCGUCCCAGAUGUGUAAAACCAUCUCGUCGACCUCGCCAUGGCUGGAGCGGCUUCGGCUCGAGGUGAAACGCUGGGAUGCGAUACGGAUCGAUAUCGAGCAGUUGCAACUGCAGGCCCGUUCCGCCGAACAGGUGCGCAGCCGUUUGGUCAUCCUGGAGCGUCGAGUACAAAUACUGCACGAGGAAAAAACCGUCUUGACGACGAUGGAGCGACGGCUGCAGGAACGCUGUGCGGAGCUGCAGCGGGAGGUGCUGCGUCUGAAGGGCACCGGCAGUAAUGGUAGCGGUGGUUCGAAAGCUCACGAAAGCUCGAACACUUCCAGUCUGGAAAAGCGACCGGUGGCUUUGCCGCGCCAGGUACCGCCACAGGCCAAACGAAACAACACGUCGGAGAAUGACGAUGAGGGUAUUAGCAGCUCGGAGACCGGACAAUCGUCGACGCCGGAACCGCCACGUCUGUACCCAGCGAAGAACGGUGGUUCCAGUGCGGGUUCGCACAAGUUUAGCAUAUCGCUAACGCAGGAAAGUACCGUCCCAAUGCAUGAGCUAAACGGCAACGGUGAGGAUGAUACGAACGCAACGAUCGAGGAUGUGAUCGAGGAGCUGCAGAAUAUUGUCAACGAUGCGGAGCGCGAAAUUUCCGACCAGAACGAGAUCCUGUUCCAGCAGGUGGAUGGCAUACCCGAGCAGGCGCUUUACAGUUUGGAAAUCUCGAAUGAGCAUGAAAUAGUACCGGUAAACCUGUUGCCCCAACCGCCCCGCAAAUCGCGAUCGUUGGCCCAUUUGAUCUCGAACCCGUCCGACGGCGAAGGUUCGGGAUACGAUUUGAUGGUGGUCAAUAACGAAACGAAGGUGGACUUUUUUGAUGACGAUGAGGACACGGGUGUCGGCAAGGGGAAGCAUCCUUUCGGUGAGGAGAAUGGUACGAGCCGGUACUUCGAUAUCACCGCUACGCCCUCGGCCAUGGAAGUUCCGCCGGAAGUGCAUGCGGGCAUUAUUCCAGGGCCGGAUGUGAUCCACUCAACGGCGGAAGCAGUCACUGCGUCGGUAACGGCCCUGCAUCAAUCGCGCGGCCGACAUCCUUCGGCGAAAGAUUCGAACCGAGCCAUACUGAACGUCAUAAUGGACGCGCGCGACAAAGAAUCGCGCCUGCUCAGAGCACAGUCGCUCGAGCGCGAGCAACAUAUUGCGCAGGCUGCAACGCCACAGCAGUUUAACGGUGUGUUCUUCAUGACCGACAUGAACAGUGCCGGCAAGUAUCCAAAGCCGGACAUAACUGCCGCCCUCGAGGCGAAGAAGGUGACCAAGAAUUUAGAUCGAAUGGGCGCGUACGGGGUCGAUUCCAUGAUCGACAUCGUCAUGACGAAUGAACAGCGACUAAAUAAAGCGAACGCGUACGCUAAAUCACGUAUGGCCGCUGCCACCGGGCCGCCUAAUCCGGCCAACGGUGCCAUCCCGAGCAAGCUGACCGGGAACAACAAUUUCAAGCUGCGGCCAAACACCGGCACCACACACCACCAGCCGACCUUCGCCAUUGGCACUGGAAUGGUGCGCGAAGCAAGCCGCAGCCAAACGAACAUCGGUGGCUCCAAAGUAACAGACUUACCGUCUGGAUUGUAUUAGCAAAGGAUUACGAACCGGGCAAGGUAACGCUCUUGCCGGUUUGAUGAAUCGUACUCAAACUAUGCUGCUCAAUAUUUUUUGGUUCGUUUUAAUAGACACUGUCGUGCAAUAUACUAUUUAUUCUUUUAAAAAUCGUUUUUAUGUCCCACUAGUGAUAGCCGCCGCAAGCAACUGACUUUUUUGAUUACUCAUAAGAAGCUUAAUGAAUGCGUUACAAGCAUGCAAUCGUCGUUUUGUGCUUGAACGAUGAAAUGAAAUGAACGUGAACCCGGCAAUUGUUACAGGCCUGGGCUUUCUACGUUUGACAACAUAUGAACAAUUUCACUUCCACGAUAUGGGGUUAGUUCUUUCGCAAAACAAAUGCGCUAUUUUCUUUACAUUAAGGAUUUGGGUAUGCAAAAGUAAUAAAAACAAGAACUCAAUUUGAUAUACCGGAACAGAAAGGUAGCAUAAGUAUUUUGUUUUUAUGGUUUUCUCAAAACAAGAUUACUCUAGAACAAGAUUGUAAUUAAUAUGUUUUCAAUAAAAGUCUAUAAAAUCUUAAGUAAGAUAUACAAUUAUGGUAACUUAACUUA